UUUUUUUUUUCUUCCUCCUUUCUCAGUGCAGACCAUCUCUAAUUUGCUCUCACUGCGUUCCUGAAUGGCGCGGGGCCUGGCUUGUCGCGGGAGACUCCUUUUAUGACUGAUGGGGUUGCUAUGGCAGUCCACGUCGUCCAAUAGGAGGAGAGCUAAUGUGAGCGAGGGCUGGGCCUGGAAGCCUGGGGCAUUCAGUCAUUCUUCCUCUUGCACAAAAAAAAAUCAGUAACAUUGUCUUACAACUGUUUCCAGGGUUACAGAAAUGUCGGCUUUGUGCUUUUCUUUUUGGUUUUGAGCAUCUCAUUCCAUGCAAAACAGAAGGCAGGAGCUGGUUUGAUUUUGAGUUUCAGUGUUAAAGCGCAGCUCUUGUUAUUUGAGAUUUCAUUAAGCAGUCUAGGUUUCUUUCCCGGCAUUACAGCCAUUGUGGUUGCCAGAUGUUGUGCACACAUGCAUGUGUGUGCGUGAGCAUGGAAAACACAGAGUCUGCUCCUUCCUGCUCCAGCUCCUUUUCCUUCAGCUCCUUCAGUGACGCAGGAAAUGAGCCCUGAGCACUCACUUGCUUCCUCCAUGGCUGUUAAGAUUGUGGAGAUCUUUUUUUGUCAAAAGCCACGGCUAGUAUUUCUUUCUGGAUUUUAUUCAUGACAUCAUCUCCGUUGUGGAAUACUGGGUUAAUUCCUUUGAGAGCAUAUUCUCGCCUGACUUUUUUGGAUCCUGUACUGGAAAAAUCCGAGCUCAGAUUGUAGCUGCCAUGCCAGUGUUAUCCAUCUCCUAUCUUCAGGAUUCAGCUUCGCUGUUCUUUUAGUUCUUCUUUUUAAUUUUAGUAGAAAUUUUCUUUUAUCAUUCUCUUGGUCAGCAUGAGAAAACUGGUAUGCACAUCACAGGUCAGCCUUUCUCUUGGGGAAACUUUAGUUUAGCCUUUUGAAUUGUUGUUAUUGGUGGGGUUUCUUGCGUGGACUUAUUGUGGCACUCUGAGACUAUGGGUUGCAUAUUUAGCUUACCUGAGGAACGAUUGGCUGCUGCGAACAGACCAGCGGCUGCCAGGGAAACCAGUUUCAUUGAAAAAAUGAAGAAAACUGGCAAGAACAUAGUGGUGUUCUACGGCUCACAAACUGGAACAGCUGAAGAAUUUGCCAACAGGCUGUCUAAAGAUGCCCACCGUUAUGGCAUGAAGGGCAUGGCAGCAGAUCCAGAGGAAUAUGAUAUGAAUGAACUUUCUCGUUUAAAAGAAAUCAACAACUCUUUGGCCAUCUUUUGCAUGGCCACAUACGGGGAAGGAGACCCUACAGAUAACGCCCAGGAUUUCUAUGACUUACUACAGGAGGGAGAUCUUGACCUGGAUGGAGUUAAUUUCACGGUGUUUGCACUUGGCAAUAAAACAUAUGAGCAUUACAAUGCCAUGGGCAAGUAUGUGGACAAGAGGUUAGCCGAGCUCGGGGCCCAGAGGAUCUUUGACCUUGGCAUGGGAGACGACGAUGGCAACCUUGAGGAGGACUUUGUGUCAUGGAGAGAGCAGUUCUGGCCAGCUGUGUGUGAACACUUCGGAGUCGAGCCUACUGGCGAAGAGUCUAGCAUUCGACAGUAUGAGCUGAAGACCCACGAAGACUUGAACAUGAAUAAGGUCUACACCGGUGAACUGGGACGCUUAAAGAGCUUUGAGAACCAGAAACCGCCAUUUGAUGCUAAGAACCCCUUCCUUGCUCCCGUCACUGCUAACCGCAAACUCAACAAAGGAGGUGACCGACACUUGAUGCAUUUGGAGCUGGACAUCACAGGGUCUAAGAUCAGGUACGAGUCAGGAGACCACGUGGCUGUGUAUCCCACCAAUGACUCCAGCAUUGUGAAUAGACUGGGAGAAGUCCUUGGCGUAGACCUUGAUACCAUUAUCUCCCUGAACAACCUUGACGAGGAGUCCAAUAAGAAACACCCAUUCCCAUGCCCCACCACUUAUCGUACAGCUCUAACACAUUACCUGGACAUCACCAACCCGCCACGCACCAACGUUCUCUAUGAGCUUGCCCAGUAUGCCUCUGACCCCAAAGACCAGGAGAACAUGCGCAAAAUGGCAUCCUCUUCAGCUGAGGGCAAGGCACUGUACCAGAGCUGGGUCUUGGAUGCAUGUCGGAAUAUUUUGGCCAUCCUGGAAGACCUGCCAUCCCUGCGGCCACCCAUUGACCACAUGUGUGAGCUUCUGCCCCGCCUGCAGGCUCGUUAUUACUCCAUUGCGUCCUCCUCCAAGGUUCACCCCAACAGCAUCCACAUCUGCGCCGUGGUGGUUGAGUACAAGACCAAGACAAACCGCAUCAACAAGGGUGUCGCUACCAACUGGCUUAAGGCCAAAUUUCCCACUGACAAUGGGCACAAGGCCACCGUGCCUAUGUACAUCCGCAAGUCCCAAUUCAGGCUGCCCUUCAAGGCCAACAACCCGGUCAUCAUGAUUGGUCCCGGCACAGGCAUCGCACCAUUCGUGGGUUUCAUUCAGGAGCGCUCCUGGCUUAAAGAGCAAGGUAAGGACGUGGGCGAGACUGUUAUGUACUUCGGCUGCCGUCAUAAAGCCGAAGACUUCUUGUACCAGGAGGAGCUGGAAGCGUUUGAGAAGGCAGGAGCACUGACGCAGCUCAAUGUGGCCUUCUCCAGGGACCAGGAGCACAAGGUAUAUGUGCAGCACCUCCUGAAGAAGAACAAGGAAGAUGUCUGGCGUCAGAUACAUAAAGAAAAUGCGCACAUUUACAUCUGCGGAGAUGCACGUAACAUGGCAAGGGACGUACAGACUGCUUUCUACGAGAUAGCCGAGGAGCUCGGUGGCAUGACCCGCACCCAGGCAACAGAGUACAUCAAGAAACUGAUGACCAAGGGACGCUACUCGCAGGACGUCUGGAGUUAAAGAGCCUCCCACAUUUCUUCAUAUGUCCUUUGAAUUUGUAGUGUUUUGCAGGACUGCUUUAAAAUCAAUAUUUUUGGAACUCGGUAAAGGAAAAAUACAGGCGCACAGACAUUUAACCCCCUCAAUGAAGUUCAUAGCAGGUGCUCAUUUUCUGACUCUUGUCUCAAGAUUUACUCAGUGUACAUAGGUAUAAUUUCAUACUGUGUGUUGUAACAUUUCGACCCAAGUAUUCAUUUUAACAUAUGUAAUAGUAAUGUCAACAAUGCAGUUCACAUGCUGUUCUCUUAUUAUAUUGUAGUGUUGGUGGAGAGCUACUGAAUGUAGUCUUCAAUCUUAUGCAUAGACUUUAUAUGUGGAGUCAAAUGAAUACUAAUUUGCAGUAGAAAAUAACUUAUGUGGCCUGUUAUUACCCCCAAUCAUCAGGGGGCAAACUGGUUUAAUUGCCGAAGAGGUGGUGAUGAUAAUGAUGGCCCAGUUAGUUAGACCUAUGCACUUGAUGCAAUUUGUAAUGUAGCCUUAAAAGGCUGUGCUUUACAUAAUCAAGUGUAUAAGAAUCAAUAACGGGCAUCAAAUAAUGUAGAAUAUUCUUUCGAUUUUAUUGCAAAAAUCAUUUCUUACUGGGGUUUUUUUUCCCUUUUAGUUUAUUUUCAACUUUGAUCUGAAUAUUUAAACCUUUUUAGCUGCCUCAAUUUAUUUUUUUUCCAUUUGAAUCUUGUAGCAUUACAUCGUGAAAAUGUGUAUCAUGUCAGUUAUGUGUGAAUAACAAUGUGUACGGUUUAAGUAGGACAUUCCAAGCUAGCGUUUUAAUGUAAUCGAUACAAAUGCUUUCCCUCACUGCUUGAGAAAAUGUCAGAGCUAUUCUUAACCUAAUUUCUAAACAUCCACUUGCAAAAUUCAAGGGACUGUCUGUGUUUGUUUACUAGUCAACAUGUGCCUUAUGGAAAGCAUUUCUUGCCUUGUCAUUAUAACUGAAAUUUGCAGAUCAGCAUUAUUGCUUAUGAUGAAUGCAUUAUUUUGGAAGAGAACAUGUUAAUGUAAAUGCGAACAGUUGCUGUUACUUAUUUUUGUCAGCAUCAUGCAGUUUUAUAUGCAACUAAUGUUUCAUAGAGUACUGCUAUUUAAGCAUGUCUUUUUAAAUUAAUAAAAUUGAGAAUUAAUUUCA